CGGCGCGGCUCGGCGGCGGGAAUGGCGCUGUGGCUCCCGCGCUCCCGGGACUGCGGCCCGGCGCCGGAGGAGGACGAGGGGCGGCGGGCCGCGACCCCCGCCCGCCAGCGCCCGCCGGAAGUGCAGACGUAUAGCCAAGGUAUUGAAUUAGCCUGCCAGAAAGAAAAAGAAUUUGUGAAGCACUCUGUAGAAUGCACAUGGAAUCUAGCAGAAGCCCAGCAAAAACUUGGCAGUUUAGCACUGCAUAAUUCUGAAUCUGUGGAUCAGGAAUAUGCCCAAGCAAAGACUGAAGUUUCAGAGUUGAGGUGGAGAGAAGAAGAGUGGAGAAGAAAAGAAGAAGCACUAAACGAGAGGGAAGGACAGAAUCUAUGGAACACAGAUCCAGUUAGUAAGGAGGUAUUUAAUAAGAGUUUUAUUAAUCAAAAAAGAAAAGAAAUAGAAGAUGAAGAUGCAUCUGAAUCAUUUAUGCAGAAACAUGAACAAAAGAUUAAACAUUUUGGUAUGCUGAGCAGAUGGGAUGAUAGUCAAAGAUUUUUGUCUGACCACCCAUAUCUUGUAUGUCAAGAAACAUCUAAAUAUCUCAUGUUAUGGUGUUUUCAUCUAGAAGCUGAACAGAAAAGAGCUCUGAUGGAACAAGUAGCACACCAAGCAGUUGUAAUGCAAUUUAUUAUAGAAAUUGCCAGAAGUUGUAAUAUAGAUCCAAGAGGCUGUUUUCGCCUUUUUUUCCAAAAAGCCAAAACAGGAGAAGGCUAUUUUCAGGCUUUUAAAAGUGAACUUGAAGCAUUCAAAACAAGAGUGAGAAUCUGGUCACAAUCACAUGGCUUCCAAGCUAUGUUACUACAAGAUCCCAGUGUCUGUCCUGGUUUAGUAGGAGAGCUCACAUCUUUGUCACAGAAUGCAGGUGGUCUACAAGAUGCCAUAAAUACAAAUGUCUGCAGUUUAAACUCUGUGAUACAAAGAGAAGAGGAAGAAUCCAAAAUGAUGGACACAGUAUAGUACUGUUAAGACUGAGGCCAAGUACUCUUUCUUCUUUUUUAAAAAAAAAACAAAGAAAAGAACAUGGCUAUUUUCUUGACAUUAUUUUUCUGGGUACUGCACUUUAUUUUUUGGUGUCUUUUUUUUCGUUUGUUUGUUUGUGGGGGGGAUUUUGAAGGGUAGAUAAUCCAGAAACACUUGUAAUAUUGUUUGAAAAUGUGCUGCUAGGUUUUUGGUUGUUCUUGAAGAGCAGGGUUCUCAUAUUGCCGAAUGUGAAACUUGAUGUUUUUUCUGCUAUUAACCUUGCCUUUCAUGACUUUAGAAAUCAAAGUAUGAAAAAGAAAAAUCUGCACAAAUACAAUGUUUACAAGAAGUGGUAGAUUCUUGGUAGAAUCUGCUAUUGUCUUAUUACAGAUGUGGACAUGUCUUACUCUAUGAAUAUUGGAGAUCACAACUGUAUUCAUGCUACCUUGCUGACAUUAUAAGCUCUCAAAUCUGGUUAUCACUAAUAGCAAUAAAUCAGUAUCUGGUAUCAGUAUUUCAGAUCUAGAUGGAUUAGAUUAAAACACUGGCUUUCUACCUCUACUAAGGGGAUUUAAAUGUUACAUUGUGCUUUCAUUAAAAAAAAAAAAAGUUUUUGUCCUAUAAUGCAAGUAACACUUGUCUGUUUAUGAGCACUUUUAUGAUGUUUUGUUAUUUCUAAAAUGAACUUCAGACUCUUUUUAAACCAAAUUCCAUCAUAGGGAGAAGUACUUGAUGAAAGGGACAAAGGGGACUUGAGCUACAAGGCUUAGGAAAACACUUCACUUGCAACAAAAGCUUUGUCACAAUCCACGUAGGAUUGUCCUACAGGAUUUGAGAGGUAUUUCAUAUGCUUCUAAAGCUGGUUUGUGAAGUUGCCAGCUCAAGUACUGAAAAAGUGAAACAUCUUUAAAAGCAUUCUGGUUUAGGAGCCCAAAGAACACAUACUGUUUCCAGAGGAAGCCUUCCACAAACUUCUGCAAUCCAAAAUGCCACCACACUUUUCUAACUUGCUACUCUUACAGCAAUUCUGUCUAUAAAAUGUAUACUGCAGCUAGAGUAUUUCAGUGAAGAGAGUUUGUAUCUCAGUGGAAUGGAUAUACCCUUUUGGUCCUUUACUGUAGUGCUCUGAUUGUGGGCAAGGUCUGGAAUGUAUCUAUAUAUAUUUCAGUAGUUUAGUGACUAACACAGCCUACUUGCAGUUGCUGAGUCAGACAAAAGCUAUGCUCAGCUCCAGCUAUUUUCAGCUGUGGACUAUACUUGUGAUAUAACAAAGUCUUAAGUCUGCAGUAUAUGCCACCAUAAGUAUUAGUACAAAUCCAGCAGCAGAAAUAGGGGCUGCAAAUCUACUGGUGGAAGUGCCUUUUCUUAUUCCUGGUGCCUUUGUUCUCUAGCAGCUCUGAUGCAAACUGUGGAUAAAGGAAAGGCUGCAGCUCUGUCAGCUGCAGGUAACUGGCUUAGUAGUAAAGUGUAGUUUAAGUAGGUUAAACAGACACACCAGAGAGGAAAAUUAAAAAUUGCACUUUCCUUAAUAAUUAAUUAUUCUGUAAUUAAUUAUUACAGGAAACUAAUAAUGUAAUGUUGUUCUUCAGCUGCAUUUCUCCUGUAAGUACAAGGGUAAUCAGAUCCGUAUAGCACAGUGACUCACAAAUACUGCCACUGUUACCAGUGCAGUCAUGUUGAUCUAGCAGCUCCUGAUCUACUGAAAGUUAUUUUUGAUGUUUAAGGAUCUAGAAUUGAAAAAUGAAAUCAUAAACCUUCCCUCCACUUCCCUGGGCUGGCAACAAAACAAGCACAGCUGCCUUUUCUGGAAAUCAAAAGGCAUAAAUAGAAGCAAGCAGUACAUAAGGGUUUCACACUGGAAUGUGGUAGCUAAUGGUUUCUAACCUUGACUUUUUGAACUAAGUGUACUUCUAAACUCACUCCAUCUAGAGCCCUAAUAUGGACGUUACUGAAGAUGAAAAUACAGGUGGUCAUUAACAAAGUUUUUGACAAUUUUUCCGUAAAGCGUUAAGUACAGUUGCUUGAACUAGUAAGUGCUGCCUGUAAUUGUUCAUUCAUAGUAAUGGAAAAGCUUUACACGUUCUGUAUCAUCCAUCAGAUUGUGGCUUAAUAGUGAUAGUGAUAACAUGAUUAAAAAUCUGUAUAUCAGCACCACAGGUACGUGCAGCUGUUUUUAGAUAAGUCAGUGCAAGAGGCGAUUAAGUCUUGAAUUAGCAAAAAGAGGCAGAUACCUCAGGCAUUACCUAGAUGCAGUUGUUUUGUGCUCAAAUUUUGCUGACCUUUCUUGAAACUCUUCAAUUUUAUGAACCUAAAAAAGGGCUAGGGCAUUUACUGAAAAUAGUAGCCUAAGUAUUUAGACUGUUAAAUGUAGCCAGUGUAGACUUGUGAUUCCAAUUAUACAGUGACUAUAUAGGUAUGAGAGUUAGUACAAGUUCAGUGUACCAUGAACUCAUGAAAACAAAAACAAAUGCUACAGUGAAACUUCCUGUAGCAGUAUGUCAAACCAACUAAUUUGACUACUGGAAAUCCUGACACUGGUAUCAAUGAACAGUUGUUUUUUUCAAAAGUAUUGGAAAAGACAGUGGUUUGUAUAAACCAACUUUUGUUGCAUGUGUUGUAUCAGGCAAGAUUGUGUAAUCUAGAAAGUCUGCAACUAGUCAGUCUCUUCAGUGUUUGCUCUCUUCCUACUAAUAAGUCUUACACAGCUGCACACGGACAGAGGAUUUACCAGAUGUUACUCAUCUUUGAAUCCUCUGUUUCUCGCACCUGCAAGAUAGCUAUACCAAUCAUCUAAGCAGAUGUCACAGGUAACUUACACCCAGCAGAAUCAACUAACUGAUACAUGUGUAAGCAAAGCUGAAGAAGGUGACUGUUCUUCAUGUCAGCCUGUAUCUGUGCUAGUUCUUGUCUGGAACAGCUUUCUGCAGAAUAGCAUUCCUCAUACGUUCUGGCUGGCCUAAGUAAUCAUGCAUUUAAGAAACCUGACUCCAUGUGCUUAUCGCUGCUUCAUACAGUAAUUCAAGAAUGACUAAGUCAAAGUGCUGUGUAGUUAGGCUAUAUUCAGAGGUGUUCUACACCAUUCAAAAUAUGCAGUCACAUGUAUUUUCUGAUUAAGACAGACACAAGAGAAGCUGCUUUAUUUAAAGUAUAUUAUAAAAAUUAGGCAUCUUUAUAUAUAAAGUACAGAAUUAGAAGUGGGGAUCACCAACUUAAAGUGUUACCACCAUGUAAGUUGAGGACAAUAUUAGAUUUUAAUUAUUGAUCAGUCUGGUACACUACUUAGUGAAACCCUUGAUUGCUGAAUCUCAUUUAAUCAAGUCUGUGCUACAACAGAUGAGAAGUUAAACCUCAUUUCACCUGGGGGUCGCAGUGUCUUUCUGGCUUACAUCUGGCAGCUUGGUGUGGAGGAAAGCAUAGAUAUGUGGCCAGAUCUUAUUGGUUUCUGUUCCAGAGAAGGAUUUCAACAACCCUUUUUCCCUAUGGAAGAGAAAGAAAAAAAAUAAAUUACAGAAGUCUAUUCCCUCUAGUCUAUUCUAUCUGUUCCCCCCAGGUUUCCACCUCAUUUUUUAAGGUUGCCCUGGGCAGAUGGUAUAAUGUAUGCUGGUAUAAAUGUAAUUUAGAUCUAAUCACUGUUACAACAUGGGGAACUCAAACUGGGCACCUAUUACUCUGUUUAUCAUAUGGUGAGCUAGAGGCCACAUUAGUUCAGGAAACUAACUUAAUAACAAACUAUAAAGAGUAAAUGUAAGAAGAGGCAAUUCAAUUGUAUAGGACAUGCUAUAAAUUCAAAUAACUGAACAACCCAGAUACUGUGAAGUUGUUACAUGCUAUGGAUAAAGAAAAUAAAAAGGUGCAUCAAAACAAGUGAAACAGA